UAAAAGAAAACGACAUUGCUAGAAGUAAAAUACAUUAUGAUUAUACACUGUAAUGCAAUAUGGGUUAGAAUAUUGAGAAAUUGUACUUAAUCGAUUUUUUUUUAUUCCAGAAAAGAUAUACUUGCAAAAUCUGUGGGGACAUUCACUUUACAACAAGGGGCAAAUGUCGAUCGCAUCUGAUUGAGCAGCACAGCCAAAUUAGCUACAAAUGUAUAAACUGUGGGAAGAUCUUUUUACGAAAUACCCCUGGAAAUUAUUGCCACACAUCAAGACAGGACUUUGUAAGGUAUCACACAGUUUCUGGUGCAAGAGGGGUGGAGGCGGAGAAGAUUCUGCAAGAAUACAUUAGAAAUGUAGACAGUCUUAUCAUUGACCAACAUGCCCCAAUGAUAAGAAUCCCAACUAGACCAAAAGCUUCCUAUGGUAACAAGAGAAAGAUGAACUUAACUUCAACCAAUGAUCAAGGAAAUAAACGUCCUUGUAACAGAGAUAGAUCACCAUCAGCAAAAUCUUCACCGAAUUUGUCCUCUUCAUCACGUUCUUCGUCAACAUCAUCAAAUUCAUCAUCAACGUCAAAUUCAUCAUCAACUUCAUCAAGUACUAACACUUCAUCAUCAACAAGUGAAAUGGAAGACCUUGAAAGCACUGUAAUUGAUUUGCAGUUGAGUGAAACAAGUAAUGAAGACAUACACGUUGAAAGGGAGAAAUUGAAAAAACAAAGGGAAGAAGACAGGAAGAGAAGGGAAGAGGAAGAUAGGAGAAGGGCAGAGGAAGAGAAAGAAAGGAAACGGAUUGAGGAAGAAAUUAGGAAAGAAGAAAUGGAAUUAGAGAUGGAAGAAAAGAAAAAAAAUGAACAGAAAAAGAAAGAUGAAAUGAAAAAAAAAGGAGAGAUGGAGGCACAGAGAAAGAAAGAAGAAAUGAGAAAAAUUGAGGAAAAAAGACAGCAAGAGAAAAAGGAAGCACAGAAUGAAGAAGAAUUGAGAAAUAGUAAGAUAGAAGAACAACGGAAAAAAGAGGAGGAAAUGAAGAAGAUAGAAGAGGAGAAAGAGAAAACAAGAAAGAAAGAGGAGGAAAUGAAGAAGAUAGAAGCAGAGAAACAAAGAAAGAAUGAGGAGGAGAGGAAGAUACGAGAAGAGGAGAAAGAAAGAAAGAAAGAGGAGGAAAUGAAGAAGAAAGAAGAGGAGAAAAAGGAUGAACAAAGAAGGAAUGAAAAAAAGAAAGAACAAGAGAAGAAAAAUGAAGAAGAAAUUAAUAAAACAGAAAAGAAACGAUUGGAUGACAGACAAAGAGAGAACAAAAAGAAACUAAAUAAAGUUGAAAUGAUAAGAAAUUACCAACAAAAAAGAAUUAGACUGAAUGUAUCUGGAAAGAUCUACGAAACAACAACCACUACACUGAAGGCAUCUGCAGGAGUUUUAAGUGACCUAGCAGAUCUUGACACUGAAGAAAUAUUUUUGGACAGAGAUUUCAAAUUUUUUCCCAUUAUUCUAAAUUAUUUAAGGAGUGAAGCCAACAAGGACAGUUUCCCGUUAAAGAUUCUUCCCAGCAGUAGAAGUGAAUUCAGAGAGUUGUUGUUUGAAACAAAAUUUUAUGCCCUCCCUAUUUUAGAAAAGCUAGUAAGAGAAAAGAAAGAUAAAGAUUACUGUAUUAGUUAAUGAAAAAGAAUUACAGAAUUUGAAAUAUAAUAGAAAUGAAGAAGAAAUAUAACAUUUGAAAUAUAAUGAAAAUGAAGAAGAAAUUCAACAU